GCGCGCGCUCCUGGCUCCCGGGUGAGCGCAGCGCGGGGCCGCGGUGGCCUGAGGCCUGCCCGCUGGGCCCUGUCGCUACGCAGCCUGAAAUACUGCGGCAUCCCUGGCUGAACUUGGCCUCGCGCCCGGGCGCUCUCGGAGCACCGAGGCGCGGCCCCGCGUGAAGCGCGCACCUGCCGAAGACGAAGCACGGGCAGGGGGUCCCAGGUCCCCCCAACGCCCCAGCCGCCUGUCCUGUUAGCCAGCCCGGGCCACUUCCCGGAGGAGCGAGAUGAACUUCUCGGACUGUUUAGCAAUGGUUUCCUGACUGAUCGCUUAAUUAGACAAAGAAGAAAGCAAGGGAGAAGAAAAUUCCUAAGUGGGCAUUUGGUUUCCUGCCUCUCGACCAACAUCCAGCAUCGUGUGCGCAGCUCUGGCACCCAGACGUUUGGAAGAUGCUCAUAGCGGCAAUGUGCUUAGCCCUUCUGGGCUGCCUGCAGGCCCAGGAACUCAAGGGACAUGUUUCCAUAAUCCUGCUGGGAGCAACCGGGGACCUAGCUAAGAAGUACCUGUGGCAGGGACUGUUUCAGCUUUACUUGGAUGAGGCUGGGAAGGGCCACAGUUUCAGCUUCCAUGGGGCUGCCCUGACAGACCCCGAGCAGGGCCAGGAGCUCAUGGACAAGGCCUUGGAAUCCCUCUCCUGCCCCAAGGACUUGGCACCCAGUCACUGUGAUGAACUCAAGGGUCAGUUUCUGCAGCUGAGCCAAUACCGCCAACUGAAGACGGCCGAGGACUAUCAGACCCUGAACAAGGACAUUGAGACCCAGGUCCGGCAGGAUGGGCUCUGGGAAGCUGGCAGGAUCUUCUACUUCUCUGUGCCACCCUUCGCCUAUGCAGACAUCGCCCGCAACAUCAAUAGCAGCUGCCGACCACACCCAGGUGCCUGGCUGCGGGUUGUUCUUGAAAAACCCUUUGGCCAUGACCACUCUUCAGCCCAGCAGCUGGCUUCAGAACUUGGCAGCUUUUUCCAGGAAGAGGAGAUGUAUCGGGUAGACCAUUACCUGGGCAAGCAGGUCGUGGCUCAGAUCCUGCCCUUCCGAGAUCAGAACCGUAAGGCCUUGGAUGGCCUCUGGAACAGGCACCACGUGGAACGCGUGGAGAUCAUCAUGAAGGAGACCGUGGACGCAAAAGGCCGAGCCAGUUUCUAUGAGAAGUACGGCGUCAUCCGUGACAUACUGCAGAACCACCUGACGGAGAUCCUCACGCUGGUGGCCAUGGAGCUGCCCCAGAACAUCAGCAGCUCGGCUGCUGUGCUGCAGCACAAGCUCCAGACCUUCCAGGCCCUGCGGGGGCUGCAGAAGACCAGUGCCAUCCUGGGCCAGUACCAGGCCUAUAGUGGGCAGGUGCGUCAAGAGCUGCAGAAGCCGGAUGGAUUCCAGAGCCUGACACCAACCUUUGCAGGUGUCCUUGUCCACAUCGACAGCCUGCGCUGGGAGGGCGUCCCCUUCAUCCUGAUGUCUGGCAAGGCCUUGGACGAAAGAGUGGGCUACGUUCGGAUCUUGUUUAAGAACCGGGCGUACUGCACCCAGAGCGAGAGACACUGGGCGUCGGCGCAGAGCCGGUGCCUGCCCCAGCAGAUCGUCUUCCACAUUGGACAUGGUGAGCUGGGCCACCCCGCCAUCCUGGUCAGCCGGAACCUGUUCAAGCCCUACGUGCCUACCCAGAGCUGGACGGAGGUGCAGGACCAGCCUGGGCUCCGCCUUUUUGGUCGUCCUCUGUCUGAUUACUAUGCCUAUAAACCUGUGCGGAAGAAAGGCGCCUACUCCACCCUCUUGUCUCACAUCUUCCACUGCCGGAAGGAGUCCUUCAUCACCACAGAGAAUCUGUUGGCCUCCUGGGUCUUCUGGACCCCCUUACUGGACAUUCUGGCCUCCGAAGUUCCACGCCGUUACCCAGGGGGGGCAGAGAAUGGCCAUCUGCUGGAUUUUGAGUUCCGUGGUGGUCAGCUGUCCUUCUCCCAGCAGCAGCUCGAGGUGUUGAUGCCAGAGCUGGGGUCAGUCCCAAAGCCCAGUGACUUCCAGGUCCUCAAGGCCCAGUACAGAGAGAGCCCGCUGAUCACUGCCUGGCCGGAGGAGCUGAUCUCUAAGCUAGCCGGUGACAUUGAAGCCACCGCGGUGCAGUCCGUACGACGCUUUGGCAAGUUCCACCUGGCACUGUCAGGGGGUUCAAGCCCCAUAGCCCUCUUCCAGCAGCUGGCCACAGGGCAUUACGGCUUCCCUUGGGCCCACACACACCUUUGGCUGGUGGAUGAGCGCUGCGUCCCUCUCUCAGAUCCCGAGUCCAACUUCCAGGGCCUGCAGGUUCACCUGCUGCAGCACGUCAGGGUACCCUACUACAACAUUCACCCCAUGCCGGUACACCUGCACCAGCGGCUCUGUGCUGAAGAGGACCAGGGGGCCCAGACCUACGCCAGCGAGAUCUCAGCCCUGGUGGCCAACAGCAGCUUUGACCUGGUGCUGCUGGGCAUGGGCACUGAUGGGCACACAGCCUCCCUGUUCCCACAGUCACCCACGGGCCUGGAUGGAGAUCAGCUGGUGGUGCUGACAGAGAGCCCUUUCAGGCCAUACCAGCGCAUGAGCCUCAGCCUGCCCCUCAUCAACCGUGCCAAGAAGGUAGCUGUCCUGGUCAUGGGGCGGACAAAGCGUGAGAUCACCAUGCUGGUGAGCCGGGUGGGCCAUGAGCCCAAGAAGUGGCCCAUCUCCGGCGUGCUGCCCCUUUCUGGGCAGCUGGUUUGGUACAUGGAUUACGAGGCCUUUCUGGGAUGACAGGAGCACCCUGGUCUCAGUCACUAUCGAACUUUCUGUCGCCCGCUCAAUGUGCCCCAGCUGUCCUGAGCCUAGUACCAUUGUCAGGCCCCAGAGAAGGGAGGAUGAAAUUCUGCCCUGCUUCCUGGGCCCACUGGUUCUGUGUAAUUAUGGUGCCUGGACACAAAACAAGGCAGAACUCGGACCUCUGCUUUGGAGAUGCCUCGAAACCCAGACAAGAGAGAAACUCUGAGGCCUCUAUCAGUUACUCGUCAGUAUCUACAACACAGAAUAAGACAGGGAGAAGGCUGGACAUUAAAGAACCAGUGUGGUGUGCGAAGACUGGCCGGUGGUCCUUGGACCGGUUUCUGUAGGAAGAGGGGCCGGAGUUGGUGGAGAGAAGGAUGCAGACUCCUGGUGAAGGGACCAGGCAAGAAGAGUAGACACGAUCCUGGGAUUGCACUGGGAGCCUGCCUCUCUGGAGUCCCGUCAUCCCUCUGCGCUGA